CUUUAUCUUCGACUUUGAUGACCACUGUGGAAAAUACGUUAGGGUUCUCGUACUGGAAGGAAACUCCACCUGAAAGUUGGGAUCCGUUAGAUUACCACAAACAUUGGGUCACAAGUGGCCAUGCGCCCUCUAAGGGACAAGUGAUAUUGGCAGCCAAAAAACAGCUCAAGUGGCUGAGUAUGCAUGGAAGUCAUCAAGAACGACAGAGAGCCUUAGUGGUAUUAGCCAAGCAUGAAGUUGAUCUCAAGAAGAAUGGACGGAUAUACCAAUUUUGGGGUUCGGAUGUAGUUACAGAGACACAAAUCCGAACGACCAGGUCGAGAUAUAAAUUGACAGUGGCCAAUGAAGUUAUCGAGCAAAUGACUAGCAUAGCACAAACGGCAACCAAAGAUGUUAAAAGGUCCUUGAAGACGAUAAAGUGA